ACCGCCGCUUCGACGGGCGAUUCGGUGGAUUCAUUUCCAGUUACGUACUCGUCGCAGUCGCGUCGUCGUUGUCUCUCUCUCUGCGUUUUUGUGUUUUUGCCACCAAAUAGCAAUAUUCAAUAUUUAAACGCAGCCUAUUCGCCUGCCAGUUUUGCCACCAAACACUGCCCUUUAAAUUCGAUCCCCAGCCAGGGUAAAAGCAGUUGAAGUUGAAGCUAUCAAAGUAAAAAAAACCGGUGGUUCGUUCACUCAGUGUGCGAGUGUGUGUGUGUACCGAGCUCUUUCGUUUCGGCCUGUGUGUGCGUGUGUUCCAUUCCAAAUUGAAAAUUAAAUUUGGUGUGCUGUCCGAAUAGGCAGAGUGCUUCUUCAGUAAGGAAAAAAUCGAGCUCAAGUGCCCAGUCACACGAUAAAAGAAAGAAACACCCACAAGCUCUGUGCUAAAGUCAAGUAGAAGAAAAAAACAACAAAAAUGACGACCACCAUUCCACAAGGCACUCUCUUGGACGUGCUGAAGAAGAAGAUGCGCCAGACCAAAGAGGAGAUGGAGAAGUACAAAGACGAGUGCGAGGAGUUCCACAAGCGGCUGCAAUUGGAGGUGGUGCGCCGCGAAGAAGCCGAAUCCGAGGUUGCCGCUCUGAACCGUCGCAUCCAGUUGCUCGAAGAAGACUUGGAGCGCUCUGAGGAGCGUCUGGGCUCCGCCACAGCCAAGCUGUCGGAAGCCUCUCAGGCCGCCGAUGAGAGCGAACGGAUACGAAAAGCGCUUGAGAAUCGCACAAAUAUGGAAGAUGACAAAGUAGCUCUAUUGGAGAACCAAUUAGCGCAAGCAAAAUUAAUUGCAGAAGAAGCUGAUAAGAAAUACGAAGAGGUGGCCAGAAAACUGGUGCUCAUGGAACAGGAUCUGGAGCGUUCCGAGGAGAAGGUCGAGCUCAGCGAAAGCAAAAUUGUGGAGCUUGAGGAGGAGCUGCGCGUGGUUGGCAACAACCUGAAGUCCCUGGAAGUCUCUGAGGAGAAGGCCACACAAAAAGAGGAAACCUUUGAGACGCAAAUCAAAGUAUUGGAUCAUUCCCUGAAAGAGGCUGAGGCUCGUGCUGAGUUCGCUGAACGCUCCGUUCAGAAGUUGCAGAAGGAAGUCGACAGGCUCGAAGAUGACCUGCUCAACGUGCGGGGCAAGAACAAACUGCUGCAGGAGGAAAUGGAGGCCACCUUACAUGACAUACAGAACAUGUAAACAACUAAUUUGCUUAUGUAAAUUAACUAAACUGCCUGCUUUGACGUCAAACAAAAAACACCCACGCACACAAAACUGGCGCUUUCCAUAUCUAAAUACUAGAGAACAUAUCUCGACUCCACUCCACACCGCCCACGCCACGCCACGCCCACCACCCAUACGAGACAAGAUCCAAGGACGCCGACAGAAGUGUCUUCCAUGCGGAUGCGAAAGCCAUCUUCGAACGCCAAGCAACGGGAGAGUUAAUCAAAAAUAGCGUUAAACACACUCUAAACAUAAACAUAAACUCAAUGAAUGAAGCAGAUGGAAGGGCAGAAACUAAAGCAAAACAUUCUCGUAGCACAAGCGCAUUCCAAUUCACGAUUCGAUUCCAUUUCGAUAUUUUCGAUUACUUCGAUAUCCUUUCGAUACUUUCGAUAGCACUUCGCAAAAUUCGAACGGUUGACUGGCAGCUAGCGCCAUUUUACAAUACUGUUGCAAUAUUCUUUCGUUGAAUCAAAAUUUAAUAUUUUUUCGAUUGAUUUUACGCCUGGUUUUGCUACCCCUACCUUGUUUUGUUUUAAUUUAAACCUUAAAUUAUACAUGUACUUGUAUUUGUACUUGUACUUUUGUAUUUGACGAGAUGACAACUUGGACAACACACGCAUUGCCGCCUUCUUUUUAGUUUACGUGUAUUGAAUAGAGAGACAAACAAUCGCUGUUAUUUAUAUUUAAAGAGUAAAUUCUACGCUAAAACUUUGUAUUUUGUCGCCAGCUUAACUGUAUUAAUAAUAUGCUAAUGUUUACCUUGUUUAUACAUAUUUAAACAAAUUGUCGUGUUUGCAAAACGUUGUGUAAUAUUUGCCUACUUUUAAGUUGCCGCCACGCCUACCACCCCACAAACUAUAACCACUCUUUCGAUAGAGUUUUCAAUUCCACAACAAAAAGACAAUUUUAGCUAGCGCACAUCAUUCCAAUUGCGAAUCGUCCACCGGUUCAGAUAAAUUUUAUUAAAAAAAAAAAAAAAAUAAAACAAAAACCAAUUUCCACACACUAACUACAAAAUCUUCUGAUUCUGAAUACCGUGACACCCAAAUGAAGAUAAGAAGAAUGCUGCAACAAGAAAUGGCAUUAAAAAUUCUAAUUUGAUCUAUUUACGAUUUACAUAAAUUAAUUAUUUAUACUUUAAUAUAUACCUAUACAAUACAUAUACUAUACAAUACAUACCAUGCUGCUGCAAUUGCACAAAUAAAGUAUUUUUCGACAAACGUA